AUGCCGAACAUCGAGGUUAUCGUUGCUGACAGCGCAACUCGACAUCUUCUGCAAGGACCACCAAGAGUCCAAGAAGUUCCGGUGUCACCACUGGAGGUCCAUUUUUCGCAGCACGUGAUCUACCCGUUGUUCUCGGAUGGCCACUCGGUGGAUGAUGCAGUCAGGGAAAUUGAGGCAGUCCAGUCUGAAGCUGAUGAGGAUGUUUGGCUGGAAGCACCGUUUCCUCGCAUUCAGGCGGUCCGCUGGUGCCCAAAGUUGCGGGAUGGUGAAGGAAAGCCUGUCCUCGAUGAGAAGGGUGAAGAGCGACGGGGGGUUGAGGGCCUCUUCACGAUGGACAACCGACGCCUCUAUGCGCUGCAGCGAGCGGCCGUCGCCCAGUAUCCCAGGACUUGCAAGAUCACUGUGGAAGAGAUCACAAAUCGCUGGGAGGUUGCACAGCAUGUGAAGAAGUUCCGGACACGUACCAACGGGCUAUCCAUUUUCAUUGCAGAGUGGAACGGUACUAGCCGGAACAACACCAGAAAUUCUGAAGUCCUCCGCGUAUGGGACUGGAGGUCUGCCAUCUCAAAGGCGGAGGAAAGUGGAACUGCGGCAGAGGCAGGCAGUUGCGGCUGCUGGGAGUAUUUGGACCCCAAGUCGGUUUGCCGCGGGCCAUUCAGCAACUGGCAGAUGCAGCAGUGGUGGGAGCACCAGAUGCUUCCGCCAGAUCUGGAAAUCCGACCCUUUCUGCGAAAGGAUGGCGAUGAAGGUCACCAGCAGCCGUUCAGGCCGGUGAAGGAGGUUUUUGCGGAUGCGCCGAAGCCCUUCGCACCAGGCUGGGUGCCGCUGACAGUGGCGGUGGAAGACAGCGGAUUCCAGACAUGCGCAGAGUGCGGUCGGCAACGGCUGGAAGGUUGGAGCGCACGGGGCAAAUGGUACUGUUCGAACUGCUGGCGGAAGUGGCAGUCAUACUGA